AUGGACUGGGCCCUCAUAGAGUCUGCCUGCUCCUUCCUGCUGGCUGCUGUUUCGCCGCAAGUGUCCACACCCAGUCUGGCUCACAUCCGUCCACAUCGACCACAUCCCGUUCGCCGUUACCAAAAGAGAGGUAUCCAAUUUCGAGAGAGGAAAACCGAUGCCACGCUGGGAAAAUCACUCAAAAAAACAAAUCAAUGCACGCUCGCUUGCUCAAUCCAUAGGAAAUCAGAAAGACCCCGAAAUAGGAAAUCCACAAGAAACGACAAAAGGAAGACAAGAAACCAUCCAUUUGGGUGCGUGAGCAACAUGUCUGGAGUGCGCGAGAGCGACAUCGAGUAUAUGGCAGCUCAUCCCCCAUGA